CUGAGGGCCACAGCCGUGAAUGUAGCUGGUGUGGAGGGCUUCCCAGGAGGCCACUACUAGUCCAUUCAUAUCCUUGCAAGCUGGGCUUAUAGAUCACUAUAUAUACACAGUAUUGGCUACUGGUUUUACCUUCCGGACUACGAAAUCCAACACAGAUGCAGGAACAGGAGAGUACAGCAGGAUCUCCUCCGGAGUCUUUAUAUUAUGAGCAUCUAAACAAGUGCCUGACAAAUAUCCACAGGGUAAUACAGAAGACCAAUGACAUAUUGUGUAACAUCAGUCACCCCUCUGUGUGCAGUGAAGUCCUUCUUUCUUCUCGGGGUACAGAUUACAUCUCAGAGAUUUCGGAAGUGUAUAGAAUAUCCAGAAGGAUAGAAGGAGGUAUGAGAAAUCUUCACCUGUAUAAUGAAACUUUGCGGCUCAUCCUCCGGGACAUCGACUUGUCAUGGAAUAACUUGCAGGCAUUUGUGUCAUUGUGUCCAUGGGUGCUUCAACGUCUGCCCUCCUUCUUGUCCCUGGAUUGUGAAAUUGAAGGCCCCGUCUCCGAUUCAGCCCACUGCUCAAAAACAUGCUGUGGUGUCUGCCUACUAGCAGAUAAACAGCACGGGGCAGAAUUCACAAAUGGCAUGUUAAUGCACGGAGAAAACCUGUAUCACCCAAGCUGUGCUAACUUCUGGAUAAAUUGCGUGGAUUUAACUUUACCAGUUUUGUCUUGUCAAAAAAAUUGCUCUUUUUGUGCAACAGUACAUGAAGGAAAUCAAGCAGGAGGAGAAAAUAUAUGACCCCCCCAGGAUGUAUAUAGAUGAUCAGUAGUCCACACCUGCAUCUCUUGUCUUACUUGCAUACGUUAGAACCUCAUGGUUUUGUGGAUAAGGAAAAGAAGAUGCACAUAACACUGCCUACAAAUAUUCACCUAGUGGAGUGGACUUAAAAACCUGAAUGACUGAUUGCCUUCCAACAAAUACCCUUGUGUACAGUGCAGUCUAUGUGAUGAAUGUACUGUGUUUAUUUUUAUUAAGAAUACAUUUUUAUACUAGAAAAUGUUCUAUUGCUCUGCAUACUUUUAAUUUAUUGAUUGCAUACGUAGCAAUUUAAUAUGAAAGUGUAUGUUACCUUGUGAGUACCUCUUUCACUUAGCUUUCUGAAUAGGGAGAUAGUUGUAAGUUUAGAGCAUCAUUUGACAAACAGCACAUUGGCAGCAUCCAAUUUGUGCCUUACUAAUUAAAGCCUUGGACCAUCAGAGGUAGUUGCUGGGCAGAGGAAAAAUGGGUUAAACCCUUUGAGGUAAGACGUUGUGGGACCUCCUGGCACCAUAACAUCCUCAUUGAGAUUAAGUUUUUAUAGUGCCGGAUUU